GAUAAUUUUUAUCUGUACGCUAUAACUAUUAAUCACUCAUUUGUUGAAUUAAAACGUUUAGCCAAAGAAAUAUUUAGUCAAGUAAUUGAAUUAGCAAAUUAAAACCUACCGAAAACAUGGCAGCUUAUAAGAUUAGUUACUUCAACUUAAUGGGCCGAGCGGAGCUGGCUCGUAUUAUGUUGUCUGCAGCUGAUAAAGAAUUUGAAGACGACAGGUUUGAAAAAGAUGAAUGGCCUAGUCGAAAACCAAAUACACCUUGUGGACAGGUACCAGUACUUACACAUGGAGAUAAACAGAUACCUCAGUCUAUGGCCAUUGCAAGAUAUUUAGCUAGAGAUCUCGAUCUAUACGGAAAAAAUAAUGUGGAAAAUACAAAGUGUGAUGUUGUCAUAGAAUGUAUUAAUGACGUGAUCACAGAAACUGUCAAACUAUUCUUUGAACAGGAUGAAACUAAGAAGCCUGAUAUAGAGAAAAACUUAAUGGAUGUAGUUUAUCCACGAUUCCUCUCACAUCUGGAGAAGAUGCUAAAAGACAACAGUGGAGAAUGGUUGGUUGGUGAUAAGCCAUCUGUAGCAGAUUUGGCAUUCUUCGAUUUAAUGAACAGACUAACAGCCAAAAAGGGCGAUUCCGUAUUUGAGUCUUCACCGACAAUGAAAAAACAUUUAGAAAAAAUAACAAACAUUGCAGGUGUACAAAAGUGGCUUGAGAAGCGUCCAGUGACGGAUAUGUAAUCUGAUACUUAAAACUCAUAAAUAUUAUAAUUGU